AUGGAUUGUGAUGUUACUUUUCAUUACUUUUAUUAUCGCAAGACCGUCUACGAAUUGUGCAACCAAGAGUACACCGUAUCUCGUCGUGACUAUUCCCAAGAACUAUAUGACAAGUACAGGGAAACAUGUGAGGAGUACAUAUCAAAAGUUCUGCCAUCUUUGCGAGAAAAGAAUGGUGACAUUUUGUUGACAGAACUACUCAGAAGAUGGUCAAAUUACAAAGUGAUGACCGGAGACCUCUCAUAUAUUUUUGACUAUCUUAACCAGUAUAUUUGGAGACAUGGGCUUGCUUCUCUUGAAGAGAUCAACUUUUCAUCCUUUAACCAAGGGGUAUAUGAAAAGAUGAAUACAGAAAUAAUGGAUGCUAUAUUUUCUGUGAUUGAACAGAAACUUGCAGGAGAGAAGAUUGAUCAUACAUUUGUUAUUAGUACAUUGGAUUUCUACAUAAAGUUUUACAAAUGCACAAAAAAGGACAAGGCAGAGGGAGAAAAAAUGAAGCGCAGCUCAGGCGCUUUGUCGAAGAAAAUCAACUUGAUGAGCUCUGAUGGGACUGUGUUUGAAACUGACUAUGGUGUGGCACUUAUGUCAAAAAGAUUUGAGGACAUUACUGAGACUAUUUCUGUUGGUGAUGAUGUUGAUACCAUUUCUGUUGAUAAAGUGAAUAGCAAAAUGUUGACAAUUAUUGUUGAAUACUGCAAGAAGCACAGAAGCUAUUAUGAACCAAUGGAAGGGGAUGCUAAAUUUGUCGAAGUUGAUCCUAGAAUGCUGCUUGAUCUUACAACAUGUGCAUGCUACAUGAAAAUCGAGAGCCUGGAGAAGCUGACAUGGAGCAAAGUAUCUGAGUUGAUAAAAGGAAAGUCACCAGAGGAAAUUGCUCAGAUCUUUGGAGAUGUAGAUGACUUAAACUCCAAGUUAUUAGAAGAUAACAUACAAAAAGUAGAGUCUUUGGAGAUUUAGAUGUUUAGUUUACUAUUGAAUUAGUACAUUGGAUCUAAUCCAAUUAGAGUUGACAGAAUGUUUGUAAAUAAAUCCUUAUGCAAUCAUAGAAGGCUUAAAUGAGUA